UAAUUGAUGCAUGGGAAGAUUCAAAGAUUCCAUUACACUCUUUUUGUAACUUACGGGGCUAAAGUGAAAACUAUUGAAACUUGAAGGCAUGAUUUCAAUAUUCCAAAUUUCCACUUUCUUUUUCUCCUCCGCCGUAGCCGGUGGUUCUUCAUGAAAUCUAUCGUCUGAGAUUUUUUCUCUACUAGUUGAAUAAUAUUGAAGAUUUCGAAGACUACCCAAUACCGCGUUUCACGAAAAGCCAGAUUCUUUAUCUUCCCUAAUCGUAUUAAAGCUACGAAACCCUAGAUUUCGUGUUCAAAACUCGGAUUUGUUCGCUAUCGAAAGUAUUAUAGCUUAGAGGAAAAAGUGUCAUUAUUUUGGAAGAUGAACCCUUUUGCAUGAUGAAGCUAUCUAGUUAAACCUUAUAACUCUGAACCUUGACGCCUCUCUUCCUUCGAAGUCACUUCCAUCAAUCGAUUUAGGAACUAUUGCAUGAACCCAGAAGCGGAUUGACGAAUGGCUGAUCAAGGCUUGGAAGGGAGUAAUCCUGUGGACCUUAGCAAGCAUCCUUCAGGGAUUGUUCCUACUCCUCAUAGUCCAGUCAUUUACAAGAUGCCACCAAGAAUUGCUGCCAUCCGUCUUGUAAGCUCUCAUCGUGAGGUCUACGAACCAUGUGAUGAUUCAUUUGCACUAGUUGAUGCAUUACUCGCUGAUCGCACCAACCUGAUAGAGCACAACCCUAAGAUUUGUAUGGAGAUUGGAUGCGGAAGCGGGUAUGUCAUAACUUCACUUAUACUUCUUCUUAAAAACGAAGUUCCUGGUGUUCAUUAUCUCGCCACUGACACAAACCCGAUAGCUACAAGAGUGACAAAAGAAACUCUACAAGCACAUGGAGUCGAUGCUGAUGUCAUCUGCGCAGAUAUAGCUUCAGUUCUAGAGAAGAGACUUUCUGGCUCAGUCGACGUGAUUGUGGUGAAUCCACCUUAUGUGCCAACACCGGAAUAUGAAGUUGGAAUGGAAGGUAUUGCCUCUGCUUGGGCUGGAGGGGAAAAUGGCCGGACAGUUAUCGAUAAAAUCUUGCCUGUGGUUGAUCUUUUGCUUUCGGAGAAAGGUUGGUUCUACUUAGUGACAUUGACUUCAAAUUUCCCAGCAGAGAUUUGUCUGAUGAUGAGAAAGAAAGGUUAUGCGUCGAGAAUCGUGGUUCAGAGAUCAACAGAAGAGGAGAAUCUCGUUAUCCUUAAGUUCUGGAGAGACAAGGAUGAGGAGAGUGAGGAGAAGGAGACAUCAUCAUCAUCGUUUGUUUCGCAGUUUUCGAAAUCUUUAUCAUCACUUAUGGAGAAACAAUGGCGUUGAUACUGCAAAGCAUUCUUUGUUUAACCGAGAACUCUCUAGUGUUUUACUUUUUUUUUUGAAAAUCACGUUGUGUUGGUCUAGUGAUAUGAUUUAGUGAGGUUAUUGAUUAGUGGAUUUUAACUGAUGUGAAAUUUCAAACAAAAAUCAUACAAGGUCACUGAAUACAAAAUCAUGUCGUACUCAUUU